AUGGCUAACAAGUUAAUAACACUAUCGGUCACUGUCAUCGCCAUUUUAUACAUGCUGAUAUGUAGAACAAGCGUUUUAUUUGACCAAAGAGAUAUAUUAUGUGAUAUCAUUGAUGACGAAUAUGAUUAUGUUGUUGUCGGUGGCGGUACAGCAGGUUCAGUUGUGGCAGCAAGACUUGCCGAAGACAGGGAAAAUAGAGUUCUUCUGCUUGAGGCUGGCGGAUUUUAUGACGAAUCAUGGAUGUUUUCCAUCUUAGCACUUUGGCCAAUGCUACAGAAAGGACAACAUGACUGGGCAUAUUAUACAGAACCUCAAAGAUAUUCACAUUUUGGAUUCAAAGACAAUCUCUCGUAUUGGCCACGUGGCCGUGUUCUUGGAGGCUCGGGUAUGAUCAACGGUGCUCAAUACACACGAGGCAGCCGUUACGAUUUUGACGAAUGGGCUGCUAAUGGUUGUGAGGGCUGGGGUUAUAAAGAUGUCCUUCCAUACUUCCUGAAAGCAGAAGACAUCCAAAUUGAUAAUCUGAAGACAUCAAAAUAUCACAAGGAAGGCGGUCCGAUGGCUGUCUCCGAAAGUGUUGCGACAUCGCUGGCGAAUUUGUAUAUGAAAGCCGGACAAGAACUGGGAUAUAACAUCACAGAUUACAACGGUGGAGAACAUAUAGGAUUUAAUAAAAUACAAAUCAACUCGAGGGGAGGUACGAGAGAAUCAUCAGCGGUCGCUUACCUUGGACGUCCGCGUAAAAAGGAAAACCUCGAUAUUUCUAUCAACUCGUUUGUUACUAAGUUGGCAAUUACAGACAAAACGGCUACCGGUGUAUAUUACGUCCGAAACAAUAGGAAAUAUUUCGUUCGAGCUAAAAAGGAAAUAAUAAUUUCUGCCGGCUCCGUGAAUUCACCCCAAUUACUUAUGCUUUCGGGGAUUGGACCUAAAGAACAUCUCGAAGAGAUGGGUAUUCCGUCAGUUGCAGAUUUACCGGUUGGAUUAAAUCUCCAAGAUCAUCAAGUAUUUUUACUUCAUUCCCGAAUAAACAGGUCAAUAAAUUUAUCACCGUCAUCGUUUACCUCUCCAUGGGCACUGAUGCAGUAUUAUGCAUUUGGGUCAGGACCUCUUGCUUGCAACGGCGGAGAAGGCUCUGCUUUUGUGAAUAUUGAUAACAAAGUGCAAGAAAUGUCCUAUCCUGAUCUUCAAAUGGUGAUAUACAGUUAUAUUAUUCCUUUUACAAAGCUCGAUGUUAAAGAUAAUGUGAGAAAAGAUUUUGAAGCAAUGGACGAAAACGUUAAUGGAUUUACCUUUGGUGUAAUAAACACUCAUCCAAAGAGUCGUGGAAUUCUUAAGCUCCGUAGCAAUGAUCCAUUUGAUUAUCCCAUCUUAGAUCCACAAUACCUACAGGAACAAACAGAUAUAGAUGACUUCAUAGCUGGAAUAAGAAUAUGGGAGAAAAAUCGUUCUGUUCGCAACACGAGUUUCGCUCUGAUGCUUACUGGGAAUGUCUAA